CAGCUCUGGCAAAACAACAACCCGUCUCAGUUUGUUUCCUGUUAGCACUGGCAUUCACAGUGUAUCCGCGGACAGAACUACCCGUGUAAAAUGUUAAAUUAACGACAGCGUUCACACCCGGUCGAUGUUAUCAUUGCUUUGUCGUUAGUGAACGUUUUGGAGGCAGGGCUAUUUGAAGCUGUGACUCGCUGUUAGCUGCCAAGCUGCUAAGCUAACUGUAGCUAACAUCGGCGAUCCAGCAGAGAAAGAUGGGGUCCAUUCUCAGUCGCAGAAUCGCUGGUGUUGAGGAUAUCGAUAUCCAGGCCAACUCGGCCUAUCGAUUUCCACCGAAAUCUGGGAAUUAUUUUGCAAGCCACUUCUUUAUGGGAGGAGAGAAAUUUGACACACCGCAUCCAGAGGGAUACCUUUUUGGAGAAAACAUGGACCUGAAUUUUCUUGGAAAUAGGCCAGUGCAGUUUCCAUAUGUGACGCCUGCACCCCAUGAGCCUGUGAAGACCCUGAGGAGUCUGGUAAACAUUAGAAAGGACUCUCUGCGUUUGGUCAGGUAUAAAGAUGACUCUGACACACCGGUGGAGGAAGGUGGGAAGCCAAAGGUUCAGUACGGUGUGGAGUUCACCUUUGAUGCUGAUGCUCGAGUGGCCAUCACCCUCUACUGCCAAGCAUUUGAGGAGUUCUCCAAUGGGAUGGCAGU